AUGGCUGAUAUCAGUGUCGAGAACGCUACUGGUUCUGGUGCAAAGACUGUCGCCUCUUCCAGUCGCACCACAACUGUCCCUGCGAUGGCUGCGGCAGAAAAGCCCAGAAAGUUUUCUGGCAUAGACUUUAAACGCUGGCAACAGAAAAUGUUCUUCUAUUUAACAACCCUCAGUUUGCAAAAAUUUAUUACUGAGGAAGUUCCUGUUCUACCAGAAGAGACUCCGGACAACGAACGUUUCAUCGUGACGGAGGCAUCGAAUCAUUCUGAUUUUCUAUGUAAAAACUAUAUUCUCAAUGGGCUGGAUGAUGGUCUAUGUAAUGUCUAUAGCGGCUGUAAGACGUCUAAGAAAUUAUGGAGUGCUUUGGACAAGAAAUAUAAGACCGAGGAUGCUGGGUUGAAAAAGUUUGUUGCUGCGAAGUUCUUGGACUUUAAAAUGGUAGAUCAUAAAUCUGUCAUGUUGCAGCUCCAGGAACUUCAAGUGAUUACACAUGAUCUGCUUGCGGAAGGAAUGGUAGUCAAUGGAGCUUUCCAGGUUGCGGCCUUUAUUGAGAAAUUGCCGCCUUCGUGGAAGGAUUUUAAAAACUACUUAAAGCACAAACGUAAGGAAAUGACAUUAGAAGAUCUAAUCGUCCGUCUUAGAAUUAAGGAAGACAACAGAUCUGCUGAGAAGAAGGCCAAUGGCAAACAAGCAAUAACAUCGUUGAAACUGCCUCUACAAGUUCAAAUAAAAGGAAGCGGGCUUCUGGAGGGAAGAAUGUUCCAAGCAAGAAGAAAUUCAAAGGAAGUUGUUACAAUUGCGGCAAAAUUGGACACAUGGCUUCAGACUGUCGUGCUCCGACAAAGGAUAAGGAGAAGAAAAAAGGUCAAGCCAAUAUGGCUGAAAUGA